AAAGCAUUGAGAAGAUUCGAGAGAUUUGUGGAACGUACGCGUUCUCGAACUCUCUCAACUGGACGUAUAUAAGUAAGCGUAACGCACGCGCAAGUUUAUAAGUCUCUCAAAGUGACGGUUGAGGAGAAAAUUCUCACAGCUUUCGUCAGGAGAAGCGCCUAAUCUAUUUCACUUUAACAAAUCGUUAAAGAUGCCGGAGGCGCACGACCAGCCGAUGGAGGCCGAGGAGGCCGAGACCUUCGCUUUCCAGGCUGAGAUCGCUCAGCUCAUGUCUCUGAUCAUCAACACCUUCUACUCCAACAAAGAGAUCUUCCUCAGGGAGCUCAUCUCCAACUCUUCAGAUGCUUUGGAUAAAAUCCGCUAUGAAAGCCUCACAGACCCGAGCAAGCUUGACUCAGGAAAAGACCUCAAAAUCGAAAUCAUUCCCAACAAACAGGACCGCACACUCACGAUCAUUGAUACCGGCAUCGGCAUGACCAAAGCGGACCUCAUUAAUAACCUGGGCACCAUCGCCAAAUCCGGCACAAAGGCCUUCAUGGAGGCCCUUCAGGCUGGAGCCGACAUCUCAAUGAUCGGUCAGUUCGGUGUGGGCUUCUACUCCGCGUACCUGGUGGCCGAGAAAGUCACGGUCAUCACCAAAAACAUAGAUGACGAGCAGUACGCGUGGGAGUCGUCCGCCGGCGGAUCCUUCACCGUUAAAGUGGACAACUCCGAGCCGAUGGGACGCGCGGCACUAAGGUGAUCCUGCACCUGAAGGAGGAUCAGAUGGAGUACAUCGAGGAGCGGCGGAUCAAAGAGAUCGUGAAGAAGCACUCGCAGUUCAUCGGCUACCCAUCACGCUCUUCGU